GAGGACAAAGACAAAAUCGCGAAAAGCCUGGCGCUUCAGAAAGCUGGAGAAACUGAGUCUUGGGAAAAGCGACGUAGCGAAGUUUGCAAAGGCCACGUCGAAAACACAGGCAAAUGGCUCGAGCGUGAAAAGGGAUUUGUCCAGUGGAGCGACGUCAAUAACCAGAGCAAACAAGUGUUUGUUCUGAAGGCGGAUUCUGGCUUCGGGAAGACGUAUGCAUCUAAUCAUGUCAUCUCUUUUCUUCAGAAGAAGUACCGGGCCGGAUCUGGAUCAAGUCAGGUUUAUCUGGCCUACUACUACUACGGCGAUGACAAAGAUGAGUCUCUGGAACGCUGCAUUGGGUCGAUCAUAUGCCACGGCAGUGGCCAACGCCUGUGGGCAGCCGGUGAAUGUGGCUAGAGCCGGGGAUCGUUGGAAGUAUCUCAUGUUGGGACUGUCCAGUCAUAUGAAGGGGACCUACUUCAUCUGUAUUGACGGUUUCGACAGUCGCGGACAGCUUAACAAGGACGAUGCAACCAUUGCAGCGAUCGCACAACGUGCCGUGGCGAAAGCCGACUCCUCUGGAAUUUCCAUACGCUUGUUCCUUUCGGGCACUCCUGAGACAAUCGCCAGGGUUCCGCAGCCUGCAGAAGGUGUUCACACCAUCACCUUGGGGGCUAGCAAUCCACCGCAAGGCCCUUUCAAUGAUCGCGGUGACGAUGAAUCGUUGUCACAGCCGCUCUUGAACACAAGCGAUUCGGAAGCCGUAACAAGGUAUCGUAUCACGGAACUCUGCAAAGCCGAACCAGACCUCACGGAAUUCUUGACUGAUCCGAAUAUCAAGCUUCUGAUUGAAGGCAUCCGUGGCAACUAUAAUCACCUGGAGGCCAAAAUCACCGAGAUCAACUCCUGCGAGACAGAGAGACAGGUCCAGGAUGUCAUUAAAAAUACCACCGUCGACUUAGACAGAGUGCAAAAAAACAGGCUCAAGGCUCUUGACAUAUCGCUGAGCACGGAUCAGGUCAAAAAACUCAAUGAGCUUCUCGUAUGGGUCGCCGGUGUGAGCAACGGACCCACGAUCAAGUUUCUCCAAAGCGCUCUGUACUUGAAAUUCCGUGAAAACUUUCGGCUGGAAUCUGAGGUCCGAAACACAUACUUGGCUUUGCUCAAGACCGAUGAAGACGGCGUCGUGACUUUCAAGUCCGACGAGCUUAUUAAGAUCCUCAGAGAGAAUGAUUCCCAAGACCCCGGGUCUGAUGUCGCGGACCUCUACACUCAAGAGAUCACUCCAGCGGAGAUCGGCCUUUGUCGCCGAUUCAUCAAGAAUGCCUGCGAUACAGUGGAUUACACCAGAUUUAAAUUCGACGAUUUCUUCGACAACAUGGUACACAAAGCGCACAUUCAUCUCUGCGAUGAGAACUCUGUGAACUUCACAGUCUUCUGCUCAUGCAUCAAGGUCCUCAGUGAGACUGGAAACGACACCAAUCUCGAGAAGCUUUGCAAUUACGCUUCCAUAUGGUUCUACGAGCACCUCAAGACCCUCGUGGAGAACUUCGAGACAUUCGAGCCCAGCAGGCAGUCGCUGAGCGCAACCGGGCGCGAGCUUGUUAACUUGUUCUACGACGCUGAGUUGAUUGACGUGUGGUUCUCCAAAACGAAUCUCGGCUGUCUGAAGUACGAUUGGCUUUACCGCGAUGAGUUCAUUGACCCUUUGACAAAGUUUUGGAAGAACCCGCAUGUAGCGAAAGGAUAUGCGAAAGACAUAGAGAAGACUUCGUGGGUGAAAAAAGUCACUGCGGAAUCAGUGAACAAGUAUAUGAUCCUCGAGCGAGUAGCAACACGACUGGCACAACAUUGGUUCAGCUGCACAGGAACAAUGGAUGAUCAGUAUCUCUGGACAUCCUUUGGUCUUGUGGCCAAGGUGAGUUGCGCCUUUCUUUCGUUUUAAUGCUUGGUUAAUGAUCGAGUAAGGGUGCGGGCAAGGCUUUUGAGGACAAGUCCCCCUCUCUCCUGGAGAUUGAUGUUUUUUUUGAGUGGGUCAAGAACAAGAAUUUCGAGAUCGAAGACC